AUGAGGCUCCUAUUUUUGUGCGCGUACUUGGUCUUCGAUGUAGUACGGUACGGCCGCUCUCUACGCCUCUACACGGGUCCUAAGGAUGCAGCAUUUCUACCUGCUGUUUAUGUGAGGAAUCGCGGUGGUUUCGCCCGCCCAGCGUCCCCAUUUGACGAGGAGGAGGUGCGGAAGGUCAACCCUCCCGCUCCGCUGCCACCUCCGCGUGAACCGGCGCAGUAUGUGCUGGAUGAUGCGCUAUCGGCGUAUCGCUUCGCCAACUUCGCCCAGCACGGCUCAGUGACGCGCCAUUUAGCAUGCCUUCCGUUCACCGAGGUGCGCUACCAAGACAAGGGGUCCCUUAUUCCGUUCCGCGGCGUCGACGAGGUGGUUUCUUGCUACAGCAACAAGCUGGUAACACUGCUGAGUAACUUUCGUGAAUGGACGGAGGCUUUUAACCCCAGCGGCGAUGGUUUGUUAGACCUGUCACUCUAUAACCCGCUGAGCACGGGCAGCUACUACGCUGUGGUCUUCUACUGCGCAUGGCAGCGCGAAUCCAUUGCGCUAAAGCGGGCAAUACACCAGCUUGCUGGAAGGUUCACAUUUGCGCGUGAUCCUCCCGUGGUUCACGGCAAGAAACCACAGGAGCGUCUGGAGGAUCUGCUCGCUCGACUGGACGAAGUGAAGCAGCGCCACGAUGAGCUGAUUGCAGAGGCCCGUUCCAAGGGUCUGCCUGACCCUCCGGCUCCUCCGCUAGUUGAGCACGAGCGCGUGACUCUGACUAUGCGAUCGCAUAACGCCACCGAGAUAUCGCGAAUUUUGGAGGUGCUGCACAACCGUUACAGCUACCGCUGGUGGAUGCCGCACGUCGGCAAACUGAAGUACAACAAGGUGUUCUGCCGCGCAUAUAACGAGCUGUACAAUACUAGCUACAAGAAAGUGCGUUCCGAGACUUCGCGUCUGAAAUACAAGUUGAGUGACACUGGCCGUCGGGACUCGGACCCGGUGUCCAACACCGACCGCGGAUCGGAACGGGGUGGUGCGCAAAAUGUGACUCGCGUUAACCUUAUCAUGGUGCGGCUAGCGAAUUCGUUGAUGCUGUCGAAUUCGCGCCGCGGCCUUCAGCGUAUGCGUAGUGGCGCCAAAGGGCACGAGAAGGAAAUGCACUUCAAUGAAAUUGCCAUGCGGCUGCUGUUGAAUAUGGGAGUGAUGUAUAAGGACAUGCCGCUGAUAUGUUUGUACAAGUGUACGAAUCCGUUGGAUGAAAUACCGCCGGUGUUUGCACGGAAGAGUCAUAGAGCGUUGCCGUUCAGCCAAAGUGCACGUUUCUAUAGACCCGACCCCUUUGAGAUCGCGCGAAAGGUUCUGUACGGACUGCCGACGUUGCGAAAAGCUGGCCAUCUUGCCAUUCCGUCGGAUUUCACCUGCCUAGGUGGGAUUCGUGGAUUGGCUGACCUAUCCAAACCGCCCAGCGUCGAUGAAAUUUUGGGCGAAGUUGACCCGAGCCUGCACAGCGACUUCCGGAGACUGCUAAAGCCUUUCGAAAAGGGCGAGGCGCCCGAACCGUCGGACGUGGAACGCCUCGAACCUUUCCUGUCCACGCUAGAGGUGCUAUACAAACUAAACUUGCGGCAGUACAUUGACGCACAGCCCGUGCCGGUCGUCUACCGCUACCUCAACCCAUGA